UCCUCCUCCUCCGUCGCGUCUCCAGUCUGAACGGAUCCGCUGUCGACUCGCCGCUCCUCAGCUGCUGUGGGAGCACACGUCCAGGCGCCGCUGCUCGGUUCCUACUUUUUCAUGAACUUUACUUCCAGCUCGCGGUGCGUCGGCGCAUCACCGCCCGCGGGGGAUUGUGGCAUCGACAAACGGCGCUCCUGCAAAAUGGACUGACGCGUCAACAAGACAGGGAAGUGUGGAAACUUAUUGAAAGAAGAGCAUUUGCGCGAAGAGCAGCCUCGCGGGGGGUUCGAUUGCCGUCAUGGAAGAGGACGAGGGGCAUCCGGAGAACGGGAUCCACGCCGCCAAGGACUCGGACCGACAGCAGCGGCUGCGGCUGUGCGUUUUAAACGAAAUCCUCAACACAGAGCGGGAUUAUGUUCGGACGUUGCUUUUCCUCCAGUCGGCAUUUUUGCAAAGAAUCAGACAAACUGCAGACGACCAGCAGUGCCUCUCACCUGAACACGUCAAGAUUCUGUUUUCAAACAUCGAGGACAUCCUGGAGCUGCACAAAGAAGUGUUGUCGGUGGUGGAGUCCAGUCUGCAGCCGGAGCCUCAUCCUCAGCAUGCGCUGGGACAUGUGUUCCUCCAGUUUAAGGAGAGUUUCUCCGUGUAUGGCGAGUACUGCAGUAACCACGAGAAGGCUUUGCGACUUCUGAUGGAGCUGAACAAGAUCCCCAACAUCAGGACCUUCCUGCUGCACUGCAUGCUGCUCGGUGGAAAGAAAAGCACAGAUGUUCCCCUGGAGGGCUACCUCCUCUCCCCCAUUCAGAGGAUCUGCAAAUACCCUCUGCUGCUGAAGGAGCUGCUGAAGCGGACGCCCAAGAAGCACGCGGACUAUCCGGCGGUGGAGGAGGCUCUGCAGGCCAUGAAGGCCGUCUGCUCCAACAUCAACGAGACCAAGAGGCAGAUGGAGAAGCUGGAGCUCCUGGAACAGUUGCAGUCUCACAUUGAAGGCUGGGAGGGCACCAACCUCACAGACAUCUGCACGGAGUUGCUGCUUCAUGGAAAUCUUCUUAAAAUCUCAGCUGGAAACAUCCAGGAACGUGUCUUCUUCCUGUUUGACAACCUUUUGGUUUACUGUAAGAGGAAGUCAAGGGUUUCCGGAAAGAAGUCCACCAAACGGACCAAGUCCAUCAACGGGCCCCAGUAUGUGUUCAGAGGCCGAAUCAACACCGAGGUGAUGGAGGUGGAGAAUGUGGAAGAUGGAACAGCCGACUAUCACAGCAACAACUACACUGUGACCAACGGCUGGAAGAUUCACAACACGGCUAAAAACAAGUGGUUCGUCUGCAUGGCCAAGAACGCGGAGGACAAGCAGAAGUGGCUGGACGCCAUCUUGAAGGAGCGGGAGCAGCGCGAGAGUCUCAAACUGGGAAUGGAGCGAGACGCCUAUGUGAUGAUCGCAGAGAAGGGGGAGAAGCUCUACCACAUGAUGAUGACCAGGAGUCGGCACCUGAUCAAGGACAGACGAAGAAAGCUGAGCAUCGUGCCUAAGUGCUUCAUGGGAAAUGAGUUUGUGUCGUGGCUGAUCGAGAGCGGCGAGAUCAGUAACCCUGACGAAGGCGUCAACCUGGGACAGGCCCUGCUGGAGAACGGCAUCAUUCACCACGUGUCCGACAAGCACCAGUUCAAGAACGAGCAGGUGCUCUACCGCUUCCGCUACGACGACGGCACCUACAAGGCCCGCAGCGAGAUGGAGGACAUCAUGUCCAAGGGCGUCAGGCUCUACUGCCGCCUCCACAGCCUCCACACGCCUGUCAUCAAGGACCGGGACCAUCAUCUGAAAACCUUCAAAUCCGUAGUGACGGCUGCCAAGCUGGUGGAGUGGCUCCUCUCGCAGGGAGACUGCUCGACCCGAGAGGACGCGGUGACGCUCGGCGUGGGGCUCUGCAACAACGGCUUCAUGCACCACGUCUUGGAAAAGAGCGAGUUCAAGGACGACUCGCAGUUGUUUCGCUUCUACGCGGACGAGGAGACCGGCACCAAGAGCAAGCAGCUGCAGCGCAAUGACUUCAAGCUCAUUGAAAACAUCGUGGCCAAGUCGCUGGUGAUUCACCCUGAGGAGGAAGACUAUGGGUUCGAGAUCGAGGAGAAAAACAAGGCCAUUGUGGUGAAAUCUGUCACCAGGGGCUCACACGCUGAGAUGGCUGGUCUGCAGGCCGGCAGGAAGGUCUACACCAUCAACGAAGACCUGCUGUUCCUCAGGCCUCUGGCCGAGGUGGAGACCAUGAUCAGCCAGGCCUUCUGCAUGCGGCGCUCCCUGCGACUGCUGGUCGCCACCAAGGCCAAGGAGAUCGUGAAGGUCCCCGACAACCCAGACGGUCUCUCCUUCAGACUCCGUGGCUCAGCUCCGCCUCAUGUCCACGCUGUGAGGAAAGGUGCCGAGGCGGCCGCGGCAGGUCUUCAGCCCGGUCAGGCCGUCCUCAAGGUCAACGGCAGCAACGUGAACCGCAGCGACUACCAGGAGGUCCUGGAGCACUUCACCGCGCAGCACGCACACCUGGAGCCCCCGCAAAUGUGUCAGUGGGUGUAUCGUACGUUUGAGGACGUGGAGGAGCUGCAGACGGGGAGAGAUGCAAGGGAGAAGGAGGAGAGUCCGUUCAGGCCUUAUCCAGUAGAGAACGGCUCUGACCACGAGGAGGAGAACGGCAUCAAUGGAACAGACCACCGGCUUGGCAGGCUCUCGCUCUCGGAUGACCUGCCUGUGGUGAACCUGACGGUGGAUAACGUGCACCUGGAGCACGGCGUGGUCUACGAGUACGUCAGCACCGCCGGCAUCAAGAGCCACGUCCUGGAGAAGAUAGUGGAGCCCAAAGGCUGCUUUAGCCUCACUGCUAAGAUCCUGGAGGCAUUUUCUAGCGAUGACGGCCUCUUUGUUCGCAACUGCAGCCAGCUCAUCUCCCAGAACGAGCGAGUGGUUACCAUGCCUCAGUACGAGUUCAGGCAGAUCUGUGACACCAAGCUGGAGAGCAUCCGACGCCGAAUCAACAGCUACCAGCAGUUUGCCCUGGAGCUGAGGAACAGCGUGUCGCCCUCCUUCCGCCAGGCUGGAGCUCGCCCGCACCCGCUGGGCUGCAUGGACUUUGUCCCCACCAACUGUCACGUGAACCUGAUGCAGGUCUCCUACCCCAAGAUCAUCACCUCCGCCGGAAGGACGUUCAGCAUCCGCUUUGGGCGCAAGAACUCCCUGUUUGGCCUUGACCCCGACCAAGCACAGCUCAACCCCAUGUCCCACACCCAGCACUGCGUCACCAGCAUGGGCGCCCCGUCCUGGAGCUGCUCCGGCCUGGAGGGGGACGAGGCGGACGGCGACGGGGAGGCGGCCGUGGACGGGGGCGAGGGCGUGACGGGAGGAGGCCACGGAGAAGGCGGCUUGAGCUUCCUGCUCAAACAGGAAGACACGGAGACCCAGGACGCGUACAUCCGCCUGUACAGCCGCUUGGACGUGGCUGUGAGGGAAAUGAAGCAGUAUGUGGCCCAGAUAGACGUCCUCUUGUCGUCCAUCACCGAGCCCACGCAGCUCCAAGGGGAGGGCGGAGAGCCCCCGGUGUACGAGCCCAGUCAGCCGUCGCCCCCCGCCCCCUGCGAGGACGGCUGCGACCAGGACAAAGCGGAGCAGGGCGGCAUCAAGAAGGUGUGCUUCAAGGUGAACGAGGAGGACCAGGAAGACUCGGGUCACGACACCAUGAGCUACAGGGACUCCUACAGCGAAUGCAACAGCAACAGAGACUCGGUGUUGUCCUACACCAGCGUGCGCAGUAACAGCUCAUACCUCGGCAGUGAUGAGAUGGGAUCAGGGGACGAGCUGCCGUGCGACAUGAGGAUUCCCUCGGACAAGCAGGACAAGCUGCACGGCUGCCUCGAGCACCUCUUCAACCAGGUUGAUUCCAUCAACAGCCUGCUUAAAGGACCGGUCAUGACUAAGGCCUGUGAGGAGACCAAGCACUUUUACUCUGACCACAGUCAACCAGAGUUUCGGCAAACAGAGGACUGGACAGUUCGCUGUCGCUGUGUGAUACACAAGAACAUCCAGGAGGACCCUUGGAACCUGCCAAAUUCCAUCAAAACUCUAGUGGAGAGCCUGCAGAGAUUUGUGGAUGACGGAAAGAACCAGCUUCUCCUGGCUCUUCUCAAGUGCACAGACACGUCUCUGCAGCUGCGGCGGGACGUGAUCUUCUGCCAGGCGGCGACGGGCGCCGUGUGCACGCUGGCCGAGCAGCUGCUGACGGCGCUGCGCUCGCGCUUCAACAACGCCGGCGAGUACCAGGAGGACAGCAAGGAGACCAGCCGCAAGUGGCUGGAGCAGGCGUCCGCCAUCGGCGUCCUCAUGUACUUCCAGUCCACGCUGGCGCCGCACGUGAAGGAGGAGCGGACCAUGCUGGAGGACACCAAGGCGGCCCUGUUGGACCUGGACAAAGUCACUGUGUUCUUCAGGCAACUGGAGGAUGAGUGCGUGGUUGCAAACACACCGGUGUGCUACCAGGUGGAGGGCAGCCGGCAGGCCCUGAAGUUCACCCUGUACCUGGACAGCUGCCUCUUCAGCGAGCUGCCCAGUCGCCUGCAAAAUGGAGGCAGCCUCAAGCUGCACACUGUCCUGUUCACUAGAGCCCUGGAGCGUCCGGAGGGACUGAGCCAGCAGGAUAGCAUCACCAUGGAGGAGUUUCAGCAGGGCAUCAACGCUGUCUCACUGGAGAAGGUCAAGGCCUACUACCGCAGACUCAGGGCUUUUUAUUUGGAGAAGUCCAACCUCCCCGCAGACUCAAACUCUACCGCCAUGAAAAUAGACCAGAUACUGGGCCUUGAAGUUAGAGACCUUCAACCAAGCAUUUCCAAACUGCUGCGACCCCUCAACACGCUGGAUGACCUCUGCCGGCUGAUGCAGUCCUACGUGAACGUGCGUCAGAGCGCCCAGGGCCACCCGUCCGGCGUCAGCGUGCUGUGCGUGUCCUCCGAGCUGUGCAACCGCCUGGGGGCCUGCCACAUCGCCAUGUGUGGGACGGGCAUGCAGAGAUGUACGCUAAGUGUGACACUGGAGCAGGCGAUGGUUCUAGCCAGGAAUCAUGGCCUCAUGCCCCGCUGCACUAUGCAGACUAUGGACAUAAUGCGCAAACAGGGGGCAAGAGUUGAGCUCUCUGCUAAAAAUCUCAAGGUGAUGGACCAGAUGCCGCCAACAGCCCCAAGGCUUUUCAAGCUCUGUUUGCCUCCUUCAGAUGGGGAGUAAGAAAACGGUCCCCAGAGUGCGGGUGAAUGUGGAAGAGUAGGACAUGAUGAGAAACCGAUUUCAUUGAGACAUUGCUGAGGGAAAGACCCUUUGUCUGCACCAUUACACAGGGACGGCUCCAACACGAAAACCACUAGAGGCGAAACAAAACUGUGCAGGGCACUGUUGUGUGUUUCCUCUGAAUCUGACUGAAUCGACACCAGGGGAAGCUCGAAACUACUCGUGUGCUGGUUUAUUGGGGAAACCAUCAGUGAGAAGACUGAUUCACAAAUGAUGCAGAAUAUUUGCAUCACGCGUAAAAGGGAAAAGCCGCAUUGAGGGUCCAUUAAGAACAACCACAGCGAUUCUGCUCAAAACCGCGCUCUUGUUAUUAACUGGAUUAACCAAACUACCUGUAGCUGACUGUCCUCCAUUUUGCCUUGGACUGCAACUCGAGCGCUGUCUCCUUGUCCGUGUCGCCCCGGCGAUCCCCAGGGCUUAAUGUUUGGACCCCAAGUGAAGUAGAAUACUUGAAUACACUGGUAUUCGUGUGUGGAAACAGACUGAAUAGAUGCAGAAAGUCAAAAGAAUAGACAGAAAGCUGGAAGUAGGGACUGAGGGGCAGGUGAACGGGUGGAUGAUAGGUAGGGCUGCUCACGCUUCAGCCUUUUGCAUGUGGUUACUGUGCAAUUACUGUAGGUUUAGUGUGAGUACUGUAUUACUGCACUGUAUGAAGGAUAGUUAUUUAUUGUGUCUGGAAGGAGCGUUUUAUCUUUUAAACUAUAUCAGGUAUUAAAGAAUCUAUGAGCAUUCCAGCCCACGUAUUGAACAGUAUUUAAAGGACCAAUGGCAUGCAAUUGUUUUUAGAUGUAACUGCUUGUGUGUUACCUUUUAUUUAUGUGUUUGGAAUUUGAUUACGUCAGGAAGUGUUACGAAUAUCUUCAGGGAGCGUAAGGAAGGGAAGAAGCUAGCUAAUGAGAAUCAGGACAAAGAAAGAUAAAACAAACUAUACUAUAAGGCUUUUUGUUUUUAUCAAGCGACCAGAUUAACAGGUUUGGAAAAGAAUUAAUAUAUCAGUUCAGUUGUACAAUGUAGCUGAAGUAUUGCCUUUUUUUAAGACUUUUUAAAUUGGCUUUUAUGUUCCCUUGGGACUAGUAUUUACUGUAGGCAUGAAAAGAAGCACAAUGACUGGUCCAUUCAAGUUGCAGUGUUAGCAAAAAGUACUGUAAGCGGUGUGUUGAUAGUGUAAACAAAGGGAUUGUUCCAAGACAGAAUCCCAGUAACAUUAUUUUACUGAAAAUUUUAAUUUCCUGUACAUACAAACUGUAACAAUGUCUGAGCUAAAGAUAGAAUAUGUUUUACAGCAGCAGAGUAAUGCUAUAACUUAAAAUGCAUUAUUUUUAUGGAAAUAAUAUAGUGUACAAAACUUUUUUUUAUUCACGACUGUGUUUGAAGAGAAGCUGUUUCUCUUCCUCUGAGCAUAACAUCGCUGACGCCUUGUAACGUUUUGGCAGAUUCACAGGUUCCUCGUGCAUUUCAGCGCCGCGCUCGUUAGGCAGAGCGCGGCCGUUUAUAUUUAUUUCGAAAGCAGCCUGGCUCCGAACGAGCCACGCGUCCUCCAGCAGCAGCACGGCCGCGUCCGCAGGCAGCUGUGAACUCUUGGAUCUUUGCAGCUUCACCGGCGUGUCCUCGUUCUCCCACUCUCUGCAGUGUACAUGCACAUGGUGUAAGCUCUGAAUGCAGCAUUAGUGACCGUGUCUUCAUUGUGUGUCGAUAACCUGUAGCUAACGACUGCAGCAUGUUUGUGUAGCUGGACAAGAAAUAUGUCACUGAUUACACAUUUAUUUACAUUAUUCUAAUGUUUCCUUAUUGUAUAUACUUUAUUUGCAAUUUUAUGUUGCUUGAAACUGUACAAAGGAUCUUUGUUGAAUCUUUCUAAAUUUGUCAUUGUAAAUGCAAUGCUAACAAGCUAGUAAAUAAAAUGUUCACCGUG